CGUGUCAAUCCAAGAGCUGGGUUUUAGUUUUUAUCCUCUUUUCUGUUUUCUUGUCUGUUAAUCAGGGCCUGGUGCUCAUCGCCACUAUACUACUCACUGAUAAUUGCCCCAACCUCACCGCCGAUCCCCAAUCCAGAAGAAAAACCAACAAAACUCAUCCCCAUUAACACUUCCAUUCUACGCUAGUCGCCGGCCGACUAUCAACCACCAACCACUAAUUCUCAGUCUCUUGCUUGCUCAGCACGACUUCCGACAAAUCGCAAUUCUUUUCUCCCUAAUUACGAUUCUUGCACGAAGAAACCACAUACACACCUCAACGGAAUCAAUAUCAUCAUGGCCGCUAUCCAGCUCAACUUCACUCUCCGCACCUCGGCAAACGUCAAGACCGUCCACUUGCUCGGGUCCUGGGACAACUACAAGGGACAACUCCCACUCUCCAAGGACUCCUCCAAGCAGGGUGGCUGGAAGGGCACUUUCCGCUUCCAGGGCCAGACUCUCAAGCAAGGCCAGCGAUACUGGUACUACUACAUCAUCGAUGGCUACCACGUCUCCCACGAUCCGGCCCGCGAGUCCGUCACCGAACCCACCACCGGCCGCAAGUUGAACACUCUCGACAUUCCCAACGGCAAGGUUGCCGAACAACCCGUAUCCUCAUCCAAGGCAGCUCGCCAAUCCCGCCGCAUCUCUUCCAACGGCGUCCCAAAGGGUCGACCCCUCGACAAAUCCGAAAUCGUCAGCCCAAAGCCAUACAAACCACAAGAGACCCGCAAAGUCCGCACCGAGCAGUUCGCGCAUCCGACUCUCGAGCAGCUCACCGCCAAAUUCGCCCAGCAGCAAAUCGAGGAGUCUUCUUCCGAAGAAGAAUCCGAGCCCGACAGUGAUGCGGAAUCUGAUGUUCCAUCACUCAGCUCUCGUAGCAGCAACAGCUCGACUCCUUCUUCCGUCUCCAGCACCAGCUCUUGCUGCACUUGCGAGCGCUACGGUAUCACUCGUGCUGGUGCUCGCGUCAAGUUGGACUGCGGCGGCAACCGUUGCGGCUACUCCGAUGGCUCUGACUGCUCCAGUGAGUCCGAGGACGACUACAAGCGAGGCACGACCCGGCGCCACGGCAUCGUCAUUCGCGGCCACUGAAUGAUGAUGAGACAUACGACCUUUCCAUGAUAAUUGAUUGAAGGUGUUCCACGAAUUUUGGACGCCACUGAUGAUGAUGAUUUCCGUUCUUUGUUGUAACACAUGUAUUUUGGUUUUACGACGGAAGAUACCAUACCUUACGACCUCCUCCGAUUGAUUGACACGUGCGCACUUGGGGUCCGCUGGCAUUCAGCCGGCCUGCUUGUCAGCUUUUUUCCACGCGCCGUGGAUGUUUUUGGGGAGUGCAGUGUGGUUCUUUCGCAGACUACAUGUCUUGCGCGCUCUCAGGUAGCGACCUGCGGACACACGACAAAUUUCAGCACUUUGCAAGAGAUAUCUUGCAUCGCUAAUGCUGAGGAUGGGGAUGGGGAGGGGAUGAGAGGAAAGCCGAAGAGGAGGGUCUUUUCUUUGCGGCAUGCCUGCAAUACAGAUGCUGCAGAUGAGGGAGUGAGAGAGGGAGGGAGGGAGGUCAUUGGGAAUGAAGCAUGCAGGAAGGAAGAAAGCAGCGAUGCUCGGAUCGCUUUGGCUUUCAUACAUAGACAAGGAAAAUUCACCGCAUGCUGACCUCCUUCGAACAAUUUUGCCCUGCCUUUGAUCUUUUCCACGGGCAUGCGCGCAUUGAGCUG